GGUAAUAGUUUGACUGAAGUUUCCAAUGAAGGCUCACACAUAUUGGGGAAAUAUGACACAGUAGCUAGAGUUAUAAGCGUAACUUAAAAUAAACAACAACCUCUACAUACUCCUUGGUGAUAGAAGCAAGGCUCGGUUAUUGUGUUGGUUGUGUAGGUUGUGAGUUGGUCAGCUGUUCACGCUAAAAUGAGCAGAUUACAUGAAAGCAGACAAAUAUAAUGGAUAGAAAACCCUCUAGGGUUCAUCGUGGGACGUCAAUGUGGUGUAGAACUUCAAGACAUGCGUCUUCAUAAAUGUGACAGAAUGUGGAGCUUCAAGUCGUAUUCACGUUAUCUGUCUUGAUUGAUGGGGGUGAACUCUGGUUUAUCCAAUCAGGUGACUCUGGUCCACCCUAGUGAGGCCAUCUCAGUGUUGAAACGGCUGUCCAGAGAAGAGCCGGACAGGAUUUACUUCAGGAGCCUCUUCCGCUCAGGCGCUCUCUCUGAAACCACCGUCUGUAACGUCUGCCUCCGGCCAACCGGGCCGAUGUGCAACCACACGGACCUCCGGACGGGGGAGCCGUGGUUCUGCUACAAGCCAAAGAACCUGAGCUGUGAUGCCAGGAUCAACCACCAGUCGGGAGUACGCGACGCACGACUCAAGGCCCAGGAGGUGAAGCUCUUCCAAAGAGGUCUUAACUUGAAAGUCUUCAUUCGGACUUCUGGACCUUCUAGUGUCACCGUGUUGCCACAGAAAGAAGGUCAACUGAUGGUGAAGAGCAGCACCAUGACAUCUGGACCUUCUGGUUAUUACUACGGGGGUUUGUGGCGAGCGCUAAGUGGCCCCCCAGUUCGCCAGUUCAACCAGUCUUCCAUCGCUGUGUGUCUGAAGGGCAAGGCGGUCUACAUAUAUGGAGACUCCACCAUCAGGCAGUGGUUUGACUUCCUCAAGGCGGCCCUACCAGAUCUCAAGGAGUUUGACCUGCACAGCCCGAAACUAUCUGGACCGUACAUCUUAUUGGACUAUGGACACAACAUCCUGGUGAAGUACCGCUUCCACAGCCCUCCCACCUGGAUCGGCUCCAUCUUAACCAGCCAACUUCAUUACAUCGCCAAUGAGCUCGAUGACUUAAUCGGAGGCCCUGAAACAGUCGUAGCUUUUUGCAUCUGGGCUCACUUCGGCUCUUUCCCCAUGGAGAUCUACAUCCGGCGGCUGCAGAGCAUCCGCAGGGCGGUGGUGCGGCUGCUGAACAGGGCUCCGGACACGCUGGUCGUCAUCCGGACCGGGAACCCCAAAGUUUUGACACUUUCCGUGGCGAUAAGCAACAGCGACUGGGUCUCGCUGCAGUGCAACAAGGUGCUCAGAGCCGUGUUCAGAGGACUGAACGUUCAUCUGAUCGAUGCCUGGGAGAUGACCCUGGCCCACCACCUGCCGCAUAACCUCCACCCGCCACCUCCUAUCAUUGAGAACAUGGUAAACCAGCUCUUGUCCUAUGUAUGUCCCCAGAAGGACGGCUAAAUGUUUGUCUCUUGGGGAGUUGAAUGUGAUGUCGGCACACGUUGAGUUCAAGAAAUACUCUCAAGCUCUGUAAUAAAUAUGCAAAUAACAUAAAUCCA